AUGGCUCUAGCAGCUUUGUCCGGCGUGCUCGAUGCGUUAACGGCAAAUCCGACGGAUACUGGAGACACGGGUCCAUCGUGGGCGUCGAUUACAGCCCCGCAUCCGGGAUCGCACCCAUCGAUCUAUCGGGACUUCAACUCACCCGCCCCUGGCGUUGUUCCGGACAAAUUUGGAGGCCCGACGGUGUGGAUGCCUGGGUAUUUUGCUGGUGAGGGCGACGUUGAUCCAGCAGACUCGGUGCGCGUGAGCAUUGAGGGUUUUGGUUCUGUUGCAGGCGAACCUCUCUACGCGACCACUAUGGUAGCAGCUGCGUGUCGUCUGCCGGGAAUUUCGACUGAGAAAGAAUCCAAGCAUGGAAGAACACUGCCAAGAAGUUUCAAAAACUGUACUAGUCGGCGGCGGCAUGAACAUGCCUUUGCGAUCGGGAGUCAGGAGGUGCAAAGAAACAAAAGUAGUGCCCCUGACUCAGGGCCUACAGAAUGGAGGACGAAUGAUAAGGGUAGUCUUCUUCAAAGGAAUUCGUGCUUGCCACAAGCACAAAGAACAAGAACAGAUGUCAAUGUUGGGAACAGACUUAGUCAACUUUUAUGAAGUCGCGCCAGUCCAAUCGCACGCAGAGAAAA